UGAGUGGAUCCCUAUUCAAUUUAACAGUCUGUUAACAUCAAUUUUUGAUUAAAGGACAUUUUACUAAAAGUCUUCAAUCAGUUUUCUCAAUUUUUUACUGUUUAAUUUAUUGCCUUUGUGAUCUUUUCCAUACUUCUUCGCGAGUUUAAUUAAUUUACAUUGUCUAUUUAAUUGAAUGUGUUAAUCUUGGCCAAUUUCAUCAAAGAUUUGGAUUUCUAACAAUCAGUACAAUUCAUUGGAAUUCUGUUUUUGAAUUCCCCUCCUAAACUAGUCAUGCAUCUAAAAAUGGUUUGUUUUCGUCAACAUGACGAUCGUCAUGUUUCUCACAAAAUUAAAUUAAUGAGAUGGAACACCUUGAUGGAUUUAAUUGCCAUUGGUAUGAAAAAUGGUGAUGUAUCAAUCCAUAGAUUGGUUAACUGGCAGAAAAUUUGGGUCCUGACAUGGCCUAAUGGUACAUCACCUUCAACUGAAAACAAUGAUAAUAGUGGUAAGUCGAGUGAAGAAGGUAGUUCAUCGAGACUCGAUAUUACCGCCAUGGAGUGGAGACCUGACGGUAAGGUUUUAGCCGUCGCUUAUAAUCGAAAUGUUAAAAAGUUGGAAUCCAAGGAAGAAAUGGACAGUGAAAAAGACUCAUCAAUUGCUUUGGUUGAUAUUGAAAAUGGAGAAGUUAUCACUACUAUAACUUGUCCGAGUUGUUUGAUCACCUGUAUGAGCUGGCAAUUUAAAAGUAACUUUUAUCUCAACGACCGGUAUAAGGUAACAGCUUUUACAGAAUUUUUGGAAAAAUUGUCACCUUUAACUAAAUCUUAUUCUAACAAUUAUUCACGAAAGUUGACUGAAGAUGGAAUCGAUGAUGUAAUGAAAGUUUGCAGUCAACCGAAUUUCAAUAUUCUGGCUAUUGGUACAUCUACGGGUUUUGUUUUUACUUACAUUUUUGGAGUUUUACUUGUUGGUGUUUACGAAUUGAAAGAUAGACCUAGAGUAGAGCAUGUUUCGUUUACAUCAGAUUUGUGUACAAUGUCGGUGCUUACUGGGACUACCAAUCCGGAAUCUUCAACUAAUAGUGAUAACUUCCAAUAUCAAUCAUUUUUCUUACCAACUUUUGGAAGAAACUCUGAACAAUAUUUCAUUGUUUCUCACAUUUAUGCCAAAACAUUUUCUCUCUUAUCCUAUUUGGAGGAUAUUAUUGGAUCUAUUCAAGAAACAAUGGAAGAUAUAUUAUUAGAACUUGACUCUAAAUUAACCAGCUAUCUGCAACCUAAAGGACCAAAAAAUAGCAAUGGAUCAGUUUUAUUAGCAGACGAGUUAUUAGAGCUUCUGGUUGUUGGAACUUUUUCAGACUCUUUAGAAAAGUUUCUUCACCAAUUAACGGACAAAGGAUUGCGAAAGUUGGGUCGAUCAAUAGAGACUACAUAUUUAACCAUUCAAAGAUAUGUUGUUUGUAAUGUCCAGCGCUGUUGUAAACAUAUAUUUUCACAUUUGAAUGUCCUUAGAGCCAUUUCUUUGUGGAAAAAUGAAUUCGACCAAAUUGGUCUCAAAACACAAGAUAUCAAUAGAGCGAUUCACGGAGUAGCAACUUUCUACCUUAAAUCUCUUGAGUUACAGCAAGUUAUUGAUUCAUCCUGUCAAAAUCUGGUAUGUUUCUUUCGUUGGCUUCUCUCGGUCACUGUUAGAUUUUACAAUGACUCAAUGCCUUCGUCCCAACAAGACUCUAUCAAGAUAUCACCACAAGAUCUCCAGUAUGUUGCCGAUUUCAUAGAAGAAAACUUUGACUGUCAAGAUAAUCAUCAAGAUGAUAGCAUGUCAGAUGCUUCCGUAAAUCGACCAACUGCAACCAAUUUCACAUUAGAAAGAGUCUGUCAAUAUCUUAAACCUGAACCUUUGGUGUAUCGUACUUUUGCCAUUAAUGAUCAAUCACUCAAUCCAUGGUUUAAAUAUCUCAAGGAACGUCCAAUGCUUGUAAAUGAGGAUAAUGAAGGCGGUCUAAUUUUGUACAAACAUAAUGUUGAAAGUUCUUUAAUCACUGAACAUCGGAUGUUGGUUACAAAAGCACGCGAUGCAUUUAAAGCUCCGAAAGACGCUUUGUCCGAUUUUUUUGAAAAGUCUUACGACUCAAACCUUAAAUUUACUCUUAGUUUAUAUGCUAAAGAAACACCUAAAGUUACUCAUGCCUCAGAUGAAAUUUCUGGAUUCUCAUAUAUUGCAAUUGCUGGAGACUUGGAAGUGGAAAGUGAAAUCUGUAUUCUUAAAAUUCUCACCGCUAACCCUUCAAUCGUUCAUUUUGUUUUAUUCACGGUGGUUGUUGUUGAAAAUGGUGCUGAAUUGGAAACCAAUCCCAUAGACAUCCAAUUUUACACAGAAUCAAUUCUAUCUAUGCUUUUAGUUACCAAAGAUUCCCAAUACUCGUAUCUACUUCAACUACCUUUGGCCAGUAUUGAAAACAAUUUUUUACUUAUCGCAUCUGGAGCUAGUUUACAAAAUUUGCGAGUCAAUUUGCCCAUUUUACGAGUGACCAUCGAUUCAACCAGUGAGAUAGCAAUUCGUCGCCUGGACAACUUUAAACCUUCCCAGUUUGCAGUAAGCGGUUCCCGAAAAGUCUGCUGCAUUUCAUCAAGAGCCAAACGGCGAGUUCGAGUUUUUGAAAUGGAUGGAAACGAAGAAGAAGCAGAAGAAGAAAGUGAAAUAUUUGAAUAAAGUGUUGAAUUUUUCCAAUUUAAAUAUUUAAAGUAAAUUUGUUUCAUCCAAUUCAUGAAACAGUUUAGACAAUUUGUGAUUUUUUAUGUUUUUUAUAUAUUACAUUGAUGCAUUCAUUGUAAAACGAAGACUGUAAUAUUUUUGUAAAAUCAUACAAAUGCGCUAACUAACCAUCACUGAUUGAAUAAAUCAAAUUCAAAUUGUUCAUCUUCAUCCAUUAUCUUCUAAAGUUCUCAUCUCAAAAAUAGACAAUAAAAUUGUUAACACAUUAA